AUGGAGAGUUUGUGUGGAUCGGUCUGUAUCGGCAAAAAGUGUGGUCUGAUGGGAGUGACUCCAUGUUUCUGUACUGGGCCCCCGGGCAACCAGACUCUGGAGAUCAGCGCUGUGUCGCUGCAGAUUUCAGUGACUCAGGACGAUGUGAACUUCAGCUCAGUAGCACAAACUGAGAGCAGCAUCACUCUGCAGUGGAAUAAAGUCAACAACAACAUCAGCUUUGUUCUCCAGUUUAAUGGUACAGAGACAAACAUCAGUGCACCAGCUGGAAAUGGACCACUAACUCACACAGUCUCAUCUCUCACUGCUGGAACUAAAUACACAUUCACUCUCUACUCUGUACUUCAGAACGUCAGAAGCAGUGGCGUCAACAUUACUGCAGUCACUGUUCCCCCAAACACAGACAUUUUCAGAUCAUCAGGACAAAAUGAGAGCAGCAUCACUCUGCAGUGGAAUAAAGUCAACAACAACAUCAGCUUUGUUCUCCAGUUUAAUGCUACAGAGACAAACAUCAGUGCACCGAAUGGAGAUGGACCACUAACUUACACAGUCUCAUCUCUCACUGCUGGAACUACGUACACAUUCACUCUCUACUCUGUGUUUGAGAAUGUCAGAAGCAGUGGAGUCAGCAUUACUGUAGUCACUGCUCCUCCAAAUGCAGAAAACUUCAGAUCAAUAGGACAAAAUGAGAGCAGCAUCACUCUGCAGUGGAAUAAAGUCAACAACAACAUCAGCUUUGUUCUCCAGUUUAAUGGUACAGAGACAAACAUCAGUGCACCAGAUGGAGAUGGACCACUAACUCUCAUAGUUCCAUCUCUCAGCGCUGCAACAGUGUACACAUUCACUCUCUACUCUGUGUUUAAAAAUGUCAGAAGCAGUGGAGUCAACAUUACUGCAGUCACUGCUCCGACAAAUGCAGUAAACCUUACAUCACUGGCUCAAAAUGAGAGCAGCAUCACUCUGCAAUGGAAUAAAGUCAACAACAACAUCAGCUUUGUUCUCCAGUUUAAUGGUACAGAGACAAACAUCAGUGCACCAGACGGAAAUGGACCACUAACUCACACAGUCUCAUCUCUCACUGCUGGAACUAAAUACACAUUCACUCUCUACUCUGUGUUUAAAAAUGUUAGAAGCAGUGGAGUCAGCAUUGUUGCAUCUACUGCACCUCCAAAUGCAGAAAACUUCAGAUCAAUAGGACAAAAUGAGAGCAGCAUCACUCUGCAGUGGAAUAAAGUCAACAACAACAUCAGCUUUGUUCUCCAGUUUAAUGGUACAGAGACAAACAUCAGUGCACCAGAUGGAGAUGGACCACUAACUCUCAUAGUUCCAUCUCUCAGCGCUGCAACAGUGUACACAUUCACUCUCUACUCUGUGUUUAAAAAUGUCAGAAGCAGUGGAGUCAACAUUACUGCAGUCACUGCUCCGACAAAUGCAGUAAACCUUACAUCACUGGCUCAAAAUGAGAGCAGCAUCACUCUGCAGUGGAAUAAAGUCAACAACAACAUCAGCUUUGUUCUCCAGUUUAAUGGUACAGAGACAAACAUCAGUGCACCAGAUGGAAAUGGACCACUAACUCACACAGUCUCAUCUCUCACUGCUGGAACUAAAUACACAUUCACUCUCUACUCUGUGUUUAAAAAUGUUAGAAGCAGUGGAGUCAGCAUUGUUGCAUCUACUGCACCUCCAAAUGCAGAAAACUUCAGAUCAAUAGGACAAAAUGAGAGCAGCAUCACUCUGCAGUGGAAUAAAGUCAACAACAACAUCAGCUUUGUUCUCCAGUUUAAUGGUACAGAGACAAACAUCAGUGCACCAGAUGGAGAUGGACCACUAACUCUCAUAGUUCCAUCUCUCAGCGCUGCAACAGUGUACACAUUCACUCUCUACUCUGUGUUUAAAAAUGUCAGAAGCAGUGGAGUCAACAUUACUGCAGUCACUGCUCCGACAAAUGCAGUAAACCUUACAUCACUGGCUCAAAAUGAGAGCAGCAUCACUCUGCAGUGGAAUAAAGUCAACAACAACAUCAGCUUUGUUCUCCAGUUUAAUGGUACAGAGACAAACAUCAGUGCACCAGAUGGAAAUGGACCACUAACUCACACAGUCUCAUCUCUCACUGCUGGAACUAAAUACACAUUCACUCUCUACUCUGUGUUUAAAAAUGUUAGAAGCAGUGGAGUCAGCAUUGUUGCAUCUACUGCACCUCCAAAUGCAGAAAACUUCAGAUCAAUAGGACAAAAUGAGAGCAGCAUCACUCUGCAGUGGAAUAAAGUCAACAACAACAUCAGCUUUGUUCUCCAGUUUAAUGGUACAGAGACAAACAUCAGUGCACCAGCUGGAGAUGGACCACUAACUCUCAUAGUUCCAUCUCUCAGCGCUGCAACAGUGUACACAUUCACUCUCUACUCUGUGUUUAAAAAUGUCAGAAGCAGUGGAGUCAACAUUACUGCAGUCACUGCUCCGACAAAUGCAGUAAACCUUACAUCACUGGCUCAAAAUGAGAGCAGCAUCACUCUGCAAUGGAAUAAAGUCAACAACAACAUCAGCUUUGUUCUCCAGUUUAAUGGUACAGAGACAAACAUCAGUGCACCAGACGGAAAUGGACCACUAACUCACACAGUCUCAUCUCUCACUGCUGGAACUAAAUACACAUUCACUCUCUACUCUGUGUUUAAAAAUGUUAGAAGCAGUGGAGUCAGCAUUGUUGCAUCUACUGCACCUCCAAAUGCAGAAAACUUCAGAUCAAUAGGACAAAAUGAGAGCAGCAUCACUCUGCAGUGGAAUAAAGUCAACAACAACAUCAGCUUUGUUCUCCAGUUUAAUGGUACAGAGACAAACAUCAGUGCACCAGAUGGAGAUGGACCACUAACUCUCAUAGUUCCAUCUCUCAGCGCUGCAACAGUGUACACAUUCACUCUCUACUCUGUGUUUAAAAAUGUCAGAAGCAGUGGAGUCAACAUUACUGCAGUCACUGCUCCGACAAAUGCAGUAAACCUUACAUCACUGGCUCAAAAUGAGAGCAGCAUCACUCUGCAAUGGAAUAAAGUCAACAACAACAUCAGCUUUGUUCUCCAGUUUAAUGCUACAGAGACAAACAUCAGUGCACCAGAUGGAAAUGGACCACUAACUCACACAGUCUCAUCUCUCACUGCUGGAACUAAAUACACAUUCACUCUCUACUCUGUGUUUAAAAAUGUUAGAAGCAGUGGAGUCAGCAUUGUUGCAUCUACUGCACCUCCAAAUGCAGAAAACUUCAGAUCAAUAGGACAAAAUGAGAGCAGCAUCACUCUGCAGUGGAAUAAAGUCAACAACAACAUCAGCUUUGUUCUCCAGUUUAAUGGUACAGAGACAAACAUCAGUGCACCAGCUGGAGAUGGACCACUAACUCACACAGUCUCAUCUCUCACUGCUGGAAGUAAAUACACAUUCACUCUCUACUCUGUGUUUGAGAACAUCAGAAGCAGUGGAGUCAGCACUGCUGCAUUUACAGGACCAAAUUAUGUUUUGGCGCUGAGCAUGAGACUGAGGUCAUUUUUUCAGCCGUCAGACUCAGACAUUCAGGCUUUGUUGGAGGAGUUCUUCAGACAAAAUAGAUUAUUGCCACAAUCUUCAUCCCCAAUGGUCCUGAGGGUUAAGCCAGCCAAGCCAUGACACCAAAGGAGAAAAGAUGAGAUUGAAUAGAAGUUAAUAGAUCUAUAUUGCAAUGCAAAAAGUAAUAAUAAUCAUUCUUAAAAGGUUUAUAUUAAAAUGUUUAAUUUCAUUGACUUUCC